CAUUCCAAGCACAGUUCCUCUCUCUCUCUCUCUCUCUCUCCCUCCAAGUUGGGUUCUUGGUGUGACAGUCAUGACUGGAGAGGAAAUGGGGAUUGGCCGUGGAGGUGAACAGAGAGGCAUGGAAGGAAGCAAUAGAGAAGAGAAAGGUAUGGAAAAGAAGGCGACGUCGUUUCAGAGAGUUUGGAAUGUUGCAAUUUGGCAUGGUGGCUCUGUUUAUGAUGCCUGGCUCAAUUCAGUUGCUGUUCAGGUUGGAUCUUUGAUCCUUACCCUACCCUACACCUUUGCUCAAAUGGGUUAUUGGUUCGGGAUUGGUUCCCAGUUUCUUUAUGGUGCGUUUGGGUGCUGGAGUGUCUAUCUUAUCACUCUAUUUCACGCCGAGGCUUCACGAAGGACCAGAGCCACUGGUGCCAUACAUGAAAAACAUGUUCUUCAGUACCAUGAGGUGAUCAGCAUAGUAGCUGGAAAGACGCUCGGUAAUUUGGUUCUUGCAUUCAACAUGACUGCUCUGAUCUUUGUGUGUGUUUUGCAACUCAUAGCAUGUUCCAGCCAUGUCUACUACAUGAACUCAAGCUGGAACAAGCGGCAGUGGCUGUAUUUGUUUGGAGCUCUUGCAAUUCCAACAGUCCUGUUGCCUUCCGUUCACAAUUUUCGUGUUGCUUCAUUUCUGGGCAUUGCGACAACCAGCAUUACUUCAGCCUAUAUGGUGGUAGCUGCUAUUCAGCAUGGUCAGAUCGCAAAUGUGAAGCAUCAAGGACCCAAAAACAUGGUGGAUUUCUUUACUGGAGCCACCAACAUUCUUUUCACGUUCGGAAGCCAAAUCGCCAUUGAAUUAAUGGAGGCCAUGUGGAAGCCUAACAAAUACAAGUAUGUAUAUAUAUGUACGGUGUUGUACACCUACUUAUUAACUAUACCGAAUUCUGUUGCGGUUUACUGGGCAUAUGGAGACAUCCUACUACACCGAUCGAAUGCAUUCGGUGUUUUGCCCCCCUCAAAGACAAAAAAUGUAUGCAUAAUUGCCAUGAUUUUGCAUCAGUAUGUAGCAUUUCUGCUGAAUGCAAACCCAUUAUUUCUGGCAUGGGAAAAAGUCGUUGGAGUUCACACUAGCAGGAGAUUUAUGCUUAGAGCAUUGGUGAGAGUGCCGGUUGUGCUUGUUAUCUGGUUUUUCGCAUUGGCAAUUCCAUUUUUUGGACCAAUAAACUCCAUCAUGGGUGCAUUCCUUGUUUCCUUCUCGGUCUACAUUAUUCCAGGUGUUGCUUUUAUGAAAGCUUAUUCAAAGAAGCAAUUAGAAACUGCCGAAGACGAGAUCGCAAAAUGUGGACCGUUGAUGUACUGGAUAAGUGCCAUUAUAGCAACAUGGGCAUUUGUUUUUGGAUUCGGUUUCGGAGGAUGGGCGAGUGGGACAAACUUCAUUAGGCAAAUACAAUCAUUUGGGUUUUUUGACAAAUGUUACCAGUGCCCAUCAAAGCAUUGAAUAUAGUUUUCUCUACUGUUUGGCAUCUUCAGCAACAACUCUAGCAAUGUUCUUCAAAAACACCAGUGACUAUCUUUCCAUCUUGUAAGUUAAGCUUGUUCAUUUGUUCCUACUUCGUUGUAAGGUGAAAUGGUAAAAAAUAGAGUUUUGGGUAUCCAAACAUGGAUUUCCCAUAUUCAAUACUAUAAUUGAGAGGACCUGACC